CUCACUCUCUCUCUUGGUCUCUCCUCUUCUCUUCAUUCUGUUUACAGCCUCAGAAAACAUUGCACAUCUGACGGUUCUCUCUGACACAUCAACCAGCUCCGUGCUCAUCUGGAAGACUCCAGCAUUGUUUUUGCCCUGGUGUGCAUUCAAACAGAGAAGAGAAGAGAAGAAGUCUGGACCAGUCCACUCUACCUAAACCAGCACCUUCAAAUCCUGUCAGCUGAAUGUCGCUGAAGUGACUUCAACUCAACUCAAGCCGAGCCAACUAACACCACCUUAAGCUAUCUUCCCUCAUCAGCACACCACAUCAUCAGCUGGUCCCAGGUCAGUGUGGCUCAGCUGAUUCCACCUCCUCACGUCAGCCUGAGCAGUGCAGUCCGGCUCCCCCGCAGGUGAAGCCGUCCGCUGUUUCCAUGGAGCGAGUUCAGCACAUGACCAAGUCGGCGAUCCGCCGGGCAUCUCAGAUCGAGGUGAAUCCACAAACCAAGAGGAACCUGCAGGAGCUCUUCGUCAACUUCACGCUCAUCCUCAUCUGCCUGCUCCUCAUCUACAUCAUUGUCCUGCUGAGCAGCUGAAGGCACCAGAGCCACACAUGGAGGGAGUUUGGCGAGGUCAUACUGUGGACAAGGGUUCGACUCAUGUGGCCCUUGAAGGCCAAUAGUGAUAUGUUUGGAUUGAAGCUACUGAUAUUUCAUGCACACGAAAAAAAAUCCCACCAAAUUACAAAUAUUUAGUCCAUGAAACAGCAUUUUGUUCAUCAUGAGACACUAAAACCCCAGAUAAUUAUUACAAUCAUAAAACAUAUUCAUGUAUAUUUGCUUUGAAUCCCAUCAAAACAUCUUGUUAGGCUCAGUUCAGGUUAAGGUCCUUCAUUAGACAGCCACUGCUUUAUUGAUAAAUUCUUCCAAACUGCAUCAUAUCCAUCAUAUCAGAGGACAACCACCAUGGACCACGUCUGAUUUAUCUGUGGAGAAAGAUGGGCUGCUUGUCAGGGAUCAAUGUUAGCUCAGCUCUGAUUGGUUGGUUUGCAUUUGGGGGGCAGGACUUAGGAUUGGUCAAUUAAUUUUUGCCGUGUCAAACAUCCAUCUGUGCUACGUUGGCACAAAGAAAUGAGAACGUGGAGAUGAGCCACGAUCUCAGAUUUCCUACAUUUCCCAUAAGCCCCACUGAUUCCCGUCACCCCUCGCUUCACAUGAAUAAUCUUUCACUCGUUCCACUAUGUGUCAUGUGUGGUAAACUUGUGUUAAAGCUUUAGCUUGGUUUGCUCUGGAUGAGAAGCACCUUCUUACUGGUUUGUGCCAUAAAGCAAUCCAGCAGAUUUCCCUCCAAAUCCAAGCCAGUGGCUCACAGCGUCACAUGUAGCACCCAAUAGUGUCAUCAUGCACUGAAAAUAUCAUAACUUUUCACUUAACUUGAUGAAAAAUGUAAUAAAACCCAGUAUUGUCCUGGCUGAUAUUGUAAGAACAAUUAAUGAUGUAAUCAUUUUGACGGAUAAUGAAGUAAUGUAAUGUAGUAAUGCAGAAAUUAAGAAUUACAUCAUUGGGUGCUACAAGUCUUUCCUCUGUUUGUCUCAGCUGUUUAUGGUAAUUGAAGUAAUGUCUCACAAUAAAUGUGGUAAUAAUUUAAUGAUAUCAGAAUUUUACACACACACCCUUUAAAUAUGCCUCCCAUUUAUAAACACUGAAUCUUCCUUGCAUUAUCCUUACAGUACUGUGCAACAACACCUGCAUAAUAUAUGACAUAUUCCAGUAAUAUAAUGCUUAUCAAUGAAGUUUUCACUGAACAUUACGUUGAGCAUUGCAUUUUUAUGCAGCCAAUAACUGCCUCUGACAGCUUACAUAAACAUAAUACAUUUAUUAGUAGCAAAGCAGCUUUCAAAGUGUGUGUACAAAGUGCUUUACUUUUCUUGUUUCAGGCCUCUGAAUGAGAUCAAAUUGUUCAAAUUCAUAUGUUUGAGGUUGUUGCCCCCCCCUUCCCCACACACACACACACACACACACACACACACACACACACACCACUUGUCAUAUCAUUUGUGAAGGAAAGCUCACGUUGCAUGGUGUGAUUUCACGUGAAGGUAUGUCUCGACAUUUAAACUUUUAAUAUUUCAGCCUGUUAGUUGUCUAACGGGUUACUUUGCUGCUAGUGUAAUCUAUUGUCAGUACCCAAUGCUGUGUUGUUAUUGUUGUUGUUGUUUGUUGUUUUCUUGUUAGCCACAGCUGCAGAUAUUUCUCUUUCUCCUGACUGAGAAUAAUUUGUAAUGUCAAAAGAUGAACUGUACGGCAAAAUGAAAGGGUUUUCUCUGAUAAAUGACUUUUUUUUUUUUUUUUUAGACAAAACUGAAAACAAAAAGUACAUAAUCCAUGCCAAGUCGCUGACCCUACCCUUACUUGAGUGUGUUCAAAUUAUUGCUGCUUUAUUAUUCUCAUCUAUCCAUCUAUGUGUGUUUUUAAAAGUCAGAGAGUGAUUAAAAAAAGAAGUCUAGUUACACAGAGCUGUCACUUCACAAUGAUUGGCCUCUUUUUCCCAGCAGCCGUUUUGACAGGAGCAGCAGGUAAACACACGUGUUACUACUGACACUGAGCUAUUUUCUGUCUUCUUCUUUUUCCUUGUGUUGUCAUUCAUGUUUCUUUGCUUUUUAUUGGAUUGUUGUCUAAUGACUGGUUAGUUUGCCUGCUCACUUUAAGUGCUUCUUGUAUUUUUUUGGGUUGUAUUUUCCUAAAUUAUGAUAUAGUAAUUUUUUUCUCUCCAGAAGUUGGGUGGAGGUGCAUUGUACAAACCUGCAGCUUCUUGAUACAUUAUUUUUUUCAUCAUCCUGAGCCUUUUAUUAAGGAUCUGAUGCAUUUCAGUGUCUUUUCUAGUGAGCCAGCAUGAACAACAGCAGGAUCCUGGCUCUGUUAGGCCUGAAAGGAACACAACCUUAAAAUACAUGGUUCAUUUUUGUGGCUUUACAAUAAAGUUAAAAAAAAAGAAGGGAAAGACUCCAUUGACCAUAAUUCCUUGUGCCACACACCUCGGUCAGCUUCUCCCAUCUCUGGCCGCAAAUAAUUUCCAAAAUCCCGACUCCAUGUGGUCCAUGCUUUUUACAUGGACCUUGCGUGACCCUCAUUGUUAUGAUCAAGAUGUUUUAUGGGUCAUAUGUUGUUUUUAUGGUUACCUGUCACUUUAAGUAUCAUGCAACUGUAACACCUGUGGUUACCCUGCUUUCUUGUGUCAAAAUGGCUGCUGUGAGUGACUCGAAAUGCCACCAGCAUCCUCCUUUUAAAGAUUGCAGCACAAACACUCGGCACACACCCUGAAGAAACCCUUUAAUGUCUCUUUGCAACUGACCUAGCCUUGUCAUACACAGCCACUACAACUGACUAGAUAUAUAUGACAUUAUCAAUUAUUUGUACUUUUUCCUGGUUAAAUGAUUGUGUUAAAAAGUGAAUAAAGGGACAGUGCUGACCUGAAACAUCAGUGUAACUCUAUACAACUAAUUAAGUGCUGGCUGCAAGAUGUUCACCACUUUGAGGCUUUAGCUCAAGUAACUUGUACAAGAACACCAAACCUGCAUUGACCAAACGUUGGCUAUGCAUAGCUCUAGUGUGGCCUUUUCAUGUUUCACUUGUGUGGAAAUGAGCACUGGUGUCUGACAAGAAAAAUAAACUC